AUGUCGGCCUCCGCGCUCUCCCUCGAUCUGCGUGACGCCUCGCUGAGCCUCGUCACGCUCCUCGCGCCGCUCGCCCUCGCGCCCUCGUCGGCCCUCGCCCUCGUCGAGCAGUACGCGCACGCCUCGGCGCCGCGUGCCUCGGCCGCGGCGCUGCUCGACGCGCUCGCCACGCUGCUGCUCGAGCCGGCAUGCACGGCACACGUGGCCGUCGCCUGCGAGCCGCUGCUGCCCGAGCUGCUCGCCCGCGCCCUCGACCGCCUCUUCGCGCAGCAGCAGCAGCGCCCCAGCUGGACGCAGCCGCAGACGCACGCCGCGCUGCAUGCCGUGGCGCGCCUGCUGGGCGCCUUUGAGGCGCUGCUUCCCGCAGCGUCCCGUCUGCUCUCCGCGCCCUCGCUCGCUGCCGGGCCGCUGGCCGACGUGCCAGCCGACAGCGCGGCGCUCCAAGCUCUGCUGCUCUCCCACUUCCGCCUGCUGCGUGCCGCGCCCGCGCUUCUCGCCUCGCUCUCGCCGCACUGGUCCUCCACGCCGCUUCACGCGCUGCUUGCCUCGAGCAAGCACAGUGCGCCCACGCGUCUGCUCGCGCUCGCCGUCUUUGCGGGCCAGCAGCGUAUGCCCGAGGCCGCAAGGCUGGAGCUGCAGCAGAACUUCAUUGGAGAGUCUACCAUGCUUGGCGUCGAGCAGGAGCAGCAGCAGAUGGACCAUGACGGCGUCGCAUCUGCCGCUGCUGCAGAUGCCCAUCUGGAGAUCCGAGACGCAAACGGCGCGCUCGUCGAGCAGCUCGAUGCCUGGCUGUUGACGCUGCAGGAGAUGCGUCGCUGCGCUGCUCUCGCUAGCGCUGCAAGGGCAACAACGCGUGUUCAUCGCUCCCCUGAUGAGCCCGCCGAGGGCGCGCUGAGCGCGGCCGAUCUCAGUUCGCACGUCGUCAACAUCGGCGGCGUCCUGCUGCUGCGUCCCGAUGCGGCGCCGUCGGCCACGCCGACGAGCGCGCCUGCAUUCGUCGAGACGGACGCGCUGCAGCCGGUGCUGUGUGCCCUCGCGCAACGCAUGGGCUCUCGGCUGCCCGUGCUCCUCUCCGGCCCCGCUGCGAGCGGCAAGACGUCGCUGCUCGCGCAUCUGUGCGCGCAGCUGCACGCCGCAAGCGCCAGUGCCUCCCUCCCGCUCCUCUCGCUGCAGCUCGGCGACCAGUCGGGCAUCGACGCCAAGGCAUUGCUCGGAUCCUUCGUCUCGAGCUCCACGCGACCCGGCACGUUCGAGUGGGCCGAAGGCGCCCUCACGCGAGCGCUGCGCCUUGGUCUCUGGGUAGUGCUGGAGGACAUCGACCGCGCCUCAAGCGACGUCUUGGCCGUGAUUAAGCCCCUCGUCGAGGCGCUCUCGCCGGCGAAGCGCAUCGGAGAUCGUCCGUCGCUCGAUCUGGGCUCCAGAGGCAGAGUAGUCGCCGGCGAGGGUUUCGCGCUCUUUGCGACGCGCGCCGUGGCGGGCCACAACGCGGCGCCCGCGACGUUCCUCAGCCAUGGACACUGGAGCGAAGUCUUCAUGCCCGCGCCCAGCGCUGCAGACGUGCGCGCCAUCCUGCAGCACACCUUUCCUCGCCUGGCGGGCACGCGUGAUGCGUCCUUGGCGCGCCUCAUCGCGGCAUGGGAGGCCGUGCGGCGUGUGACGAGCGGCAAGGUCGGCACCUCGACGGGCGGCACAAGCAGUGCCAACCCGAGUGGCAGCCGCCGAGCCGUGUCGCUGCGCGACCUCGUCAAGUGGUGUCGGCGCGUCGAGGCGCUGCUGCACGUGGGCAAUGCAAGUGCGCCCGCCAACACUGCGCCGUUUGAGAAUCAGGUGCGGCAGGAGGAGAUCUUCGCUGAGGCGUGCGAUGUCUUCUUGGGCGCGCUGGCUCCUCCCGCCUCGAUGCUCGCGUCAAGUACCGCACAGAGCAGCAGUGCACCCGUCGAUGCGUCCUCGAGCGGCGCAGAUCAAGCGUACAGCGGCAUGGUCGAGGCGCUUGCUGCCAGCCUGCACGUCAGCCCCGAGCGAGCCUGGUGGGCCUUGCGAGGACGCACGCCCGAGCUGGCGCUGCUCUCCUCGGAGACCUCCCUCCCCGGCGAGCGAGCUGCAGCGUCGAAGCUGCGCGUCGGGCGCGUCGAGAUGGAGCGUCUGCCACAAGGCGCUGCCGCAGGCGUGGUGCCCGUCUCGCGCAGCUUCGCCAUGACGAGGCCGGCCGCGCUUCUUGUGGAGCGUCUUGCAGCGUGCGUGUCGCAGAGCGAGCCGGUGCUGAUGGUGGGCGAGACGGGCACGGGCAAGACGACGCUGGUGCAGCAUCUCGCCUCGUUGCUGGCGCGGCCCCUCGUGGCGCUGAACCUGAGCCAGCAGACCGAGAGUGCCGACCUGCUGGGUGCAUUCAAGCCUCUGGACCCCAAGCUGCCAGCGACGGAGCUGCACAACGAAUGGAGCGAGCUCUUCGAACGCACCUUCUCCUCCCGCCGCAAUGCGCGCUUCGUCGAUGCGGAGCGCAAGGCGUUUGGCUCGGGCAAGUGGGCUCGCCUGGCGGGCCUGUGGCGCGAGUCAUCUCGCAUGGCAGCGACGCGCAAGAGACGCAGCGAGGCGCCUGUCGCGCAAGAGACAGCGUCCGAUGAGCAUGCUCAAGCCGAGGCCGACCGCAGCCAGAAGAAGCGCCGCACCGCCACGGGCAGCAUCGAGGCGACGCAGGCGCAGCAAGAACGUGAGGCCGCCCUCGAUGCCGCCUGGAGCGACUUUGCGGAGCGCGCGCGGCGCUUCGAAACGCAGCACGCGGCCAAGCGGCGCAACCUCGUCUUUGCCUUCGUCGAGGGCCCGCUCGUGCGGGCACUGCGCAGCGGCGCCUGGGUGCUGCUCGACGAAGUCAACCUCGCGGCGCCCGAGACGCUCGACUGUCUCUCUGCCCUGCUGCAGGCGCCCGACAGCUCUGUUGUGCUGACGGAGCGCGGAGACCUCGAGCCUGUGCCGCGACACCCGGACUUCCGGCUGUUUGCCUGCAUGAACCCGGCCACCGACGUCGGCAAGAAGGACCUGCCCGCCAGCCUGCGCAGCCGCUUCACAGAAAUCUACGUGCCCAGCCCUGCGGCGGAUCGCGAGGCGCUCGUCAGCAUCGUCGACAAGUACAUCGGACAGCUGUCGCUCGGCGAUCGCUCGGCGGUGAUGGACGUGGCGGAGGCGUAUGCCGAGAUCCGUGCCCUCGUCGACCGCCAUGAGCUCGCCGACGGCGCCAACCAGCGGCCGCACUUCUCCAUCCGCACCCUCUCGCGCGCCCUCACCUUUGCCGCCGACGUGGCGCCGACGUACGGUCUGCGCCGCGCGCUGUGGGAAGGCUUCGUCAUGGCGUUCGUGCUGCUGCUCGACGAGGCCAGCGCAGCGAGGGUGCACGAGAUUCUGCAGCGCCGCCUUAUGGCGCGUGCCAAGAACGUCAAGGCGGCGGCGUCGUUCGUGCCCCCGGCACCGGCGGGUGCUGCCGAGGGCAAGUGGGUGCAAGUGGGCGCCUUUUGGCUUGAGACUGGUCCGCUGCCCAUCGACGCGGCAGAAGACUACGUCUUGACGCCGUCGGUGCAAGCCAAGCUCGUUGGCCUCGGCCGCGCCGUCAUCACGCGCCGCAACCCCGUGCUCAUCCAGGGCCCGACGUCGGCGGGCAAGACGAGUGCCAUCGAGUACCUGGCGCGCCGCACGGGACACCGCUUCGUGCGCAUCAACAACCACGAACACACCGACAUCCAGGAGUACCUCGGCUCGUAUGCCUCCGAUGCAGACUCGGGCCGUCUCGUCUUCCACGAGGGCCUGCUUGUCCGUGCCCUGCGCAACGGUGACUGGAUCGUGCUCGACGAGCUCAAUCUGGCGCCUACCGACGUGCUCGAGGCGCUCAAUCGCCUGCUCGACGACAAUCGCGAGCUUGUCAUCCCCGAGACGGGCGAGGUGGUGCGCCCGCACCCGCACUUCAUGCUCUUCGCCACGCAGAACCCGCCGGGCCUCUAUGCCGGGCGCAAGAUGCUCAGCCGCGCGUUCCGCAACCGCUUCCUCGAGAUCCACUUUGACGACGUGCCGCAGCCGGAGCUCGAGCUCAUCCUCACGAACCGCUGCAGCAUUGCGCCCUCGUACGCCAGCAAGAUCGUCGCCGUGUUUGUGGAGCUGCAGAAGCGCCGACAGGCAGGCCGUGUCUUCGACACCAAGCAGGCCUUCGUCACGCUGCGCGACCUCUUUCGCUGGGGCCAGCGCGAGGCAGUCGGCUACCAGGCACUGGCGGAGAACGGCUACAUGCUGAUUGCCGAGCGAGCACGGCGCGUCGACGACAAGGUCGUGGUGCGCGAGGUCAUCGAGCAGGUGAUGCGCGUGCGCCUCGACGAGGCCAAGCUCUACGACCUGCGCGAUGCAUCCAACACUCCGGCUGCUGCGCGCAUCGGCGAGGAGAUUGCCUCCGAGCUAGUCGGCAAGGCGGAGGCAUCAGGCAUCGUCUGGACCGACGCCAUGCAGCGGCUGCUCUGCCUUGUCGCGGCCGCACUGCGCUACGACGAGCCCGUGCUGCUCGUCGGCGAGACGGGCUCGGGCAAGACGUCCGUCUGCGAGCUCCUGGCUGCUGCGUUUGGCUGCCGCCUGCAUGCCGUCAACUGCCAUCAGAACACCGACACGGCCGACCUGCUUGGCGGUCAGCGGCCACUGCGCAACCGCGCCGCCGUGCAGAGCGCCAGCCGAGCGACGGCACUCGAGGUGCUGCUUCGCCUGGAUGCCGCUUGCACGCUCGACGCCAUGUCCGACCUCGAGCAAGUCGCUGCCGCCCUGUCCCGCGCGCUGGCCGCAUGGCCAGAGGCGGACGAGGCGGAGCGCAAUGGCUGCGCUCGUGCCGAGGUGCACGCUGCGCUGCAGGGCGUCAAUCGCGCCAUGGCGCUCUUCGAGUGGCACGACGGCCCGCUGGUCGAGGCGAUGCGGCAGGGCGACCACCUGCUGCUCGACGAGAUCUCGCUGGCUGACGACAGCGUGCUGGAGCGUCUCAACAGCGUGCUCGAGCCGGGCCGCACGCUCGUGCUGGCGGAGCGCAGCGGCGCCUCGAUCGACGGCACCAGCGCGCUCGAUGCGGCGCAGCUCAAGGCGCAGGAGGGCUUCCAGGUGCUCGCGACAAUGAACCCCGGCGGCGACUACGGCAAGAAGGAGCUCAGUCCGGCACUCCGCAACCGCUUCACCGAGAUCUGGGUGCCGCACGUCGAUGCGCGCGCCGACCUGCUGCGCAUCCUGCAGGCUCGCUGGGCCACGCCCGAGCUGCACUGCUGGAGCGAGCCGCUGCUUGACUUUGUCGACUGGAUCACGGCAGAGGUCGGAGGCCGCGAGCAGGCGAAUCUUGGUCUGCGCGACAUUCUUGCCUGGACGGCAUUUGUCAAUGCUGCGACGGCGUCCGGUGCGCUGUCAGCGCCUGAUGCAUUUGCUCAGGGCGCCCUGCUAGCCGUCGUCGACGGCAUCGGCGCACUCCCUGCCACGGCAGCCAUGUCCGCAGCGAGCAUCCAGGCGCUGCGGCGGCGCUGUCAUGAGCGCAUUGCGCAGCUCGUCGCGCCGCACGUCUUCGACGUCUCGGCCGCGAGUCUGCUCGACGUGCAGUCUUCCGCAACCACCUUCAGCAUCGGGCCCUUUGCCAUUGCCAAGGUGCCGCAGGCGGAUGCCGCUGCUGCCGUGCCCUUCAGCUUCGCCGCGCCGACGACGGCGGCGAACGCGAUGCGCGUGCUGCGUGCGCUGCUCGUGCCGACCAAGGCGAUUCUGCUCGAGGGCAGCCCGGGCGCCGGCAAGACGAGCCUGGUCGCCGCACUGGCCAGCGCGACGGGCAACGCGUUGACGCGCAUCAACCUGUCGGACCAGACGGAGCUCGUCGACCUCUUCGGCGGCGAUCUGCCGCUCGAGGGCGGCGCUGCGGGCGAGUUUGAAUGGCGCGAUGCGGCGUUCCUGCGCGCCAUGCAGUCUGGAGAAUGGGUGCUGCUCGACGAGAUGAACCUGGCCUCGCAGACGGUGCUCGAGGGCCUCAAUUCGUGUCUCGACCACCGCGGCAGCGUCUACGUGCCCGAGCUGGGCCGCUCCUUCUCCAAGCACCGCGACUUCCGCAUCUUUGCGGCGCAGAAUCCGCAGCAGCAGGGCGGCGGGCGCAAGGGCCUGCCCAAGUCGUUCCUCAACCGCUUCACCAAGGUGUUCGUCGAGGAGCUGCGCGCCGCCGACAUCGAGAUCAUCUGCGCCCACCUCUACCCCGCCUUCGACCGGCAGGCGCUCGGCCGCAUGAUCGAGUUCAACGCCCGCCUGCACCACGCCACGAUGGUGCAGCACAGCUUCGGCCGCGCAGGGGCGCCCUGGGAGUUCAACCUUCGCGACCUGCUGCGCUGGCUCGGCCUGCUGCACUCGAGUCUCGGCCUCAACUGGCGCCGCGCGCCGAUGGAGCACCUCGCCAACCUGUACCUGCAGCGCUUCCGCUCCGAGCGUGACCGGGCCGCCGCGGCCGCGGUCUUCGAAGCCGUAUUCGGGCACGCACCUGCGACGGCUGCCCGGCCGCAGCCGUCGAUCACGCCCGGCCACGUGCAGUUCGGACACGCAGUGCUGCAGCGGCUGCGCCAGCCUCUGGCCGACAGCCGCCGGCUGCUUCUGCUGCCCGAGCACCUGGCUGCGCUUGAGACGCUGGCAGACUGCGUGCAGAUGAACUGGCUCGCCAUUCUGGCGGGCCCCGGAGGCGCGGGCAAGACGAGCGCGGUGCGCCUGCUUGCCAAGCUCGUCGGGGCACACCUCGAGGAGUUCUCAAUGAGCUCGGGCGUCGACACCAUGGACUUGCUCGGCACCUUUGAGCAGGCCGAUCCGCAGGGAGUGGCUCGGCGCUGCCUCUCGCAGCUGCAUGCUUCGCUGCAGGCGGUCGUGCCCGCAGCGUGGGCAUGCCCGCCCGAGCACUUCGACUGCGUCACUGCUGCAUUGGCAGAGGUGCAGUCCGCCCUGGCCGCCCUGGCCGCCGCCAAGGACAGCGUGCUCGAUGCCGAGACGCUACUCUCCGCCUGCACUCGCGUGGACGCCGCCGGCCUGCUCGAUGCAGCGGGAGUCGCCGCUGCGGCCGAGCUUGCCGAGGUGCUGAGCGCUACAUCACAAGCGCCGGGCCGCUUCGAAUGGCGAGACGGGCCCCUCGUGCGCGCCAUGCACAGCGGCUCGUGGCUGCUGAUCGACGACGCCAACCUGUGCUCUGCGUCGGUGCUCGACCGCCUCAACUCCCUCUUCGAACCCGACGGCACGAUUGUCCUCAGCGAGCGCGGUGUCGUCGACGGCGCCGUGCCUGUCAUUCGGCCGCACCCGUCCUUCCGCGUCUUCAUGGCCCUCGACCCGCGGCAGGGCGAGCUCAGUCGGGCCAUGCGCAACCGCGGCAUCGAGAUCUACCUCGAUGCCGCAGCGGGCUCGGCCUUUGAGCUUGCCUCUGCGACAGUCAGCCAGGCGCGCACCGACGACGCCCAGGUGUCGCGCGAGCUCGUCGUCGACGACUCAGUCGUCGCUGCUGCGCUGCUUCAGAGCGCUCCGUGCGCCCUGGCCGCCGAGUCGCUCGAGACAGAAGCGGCCCUCGUGCAGGUCUCUGCUGGCCUGCCGCGCUCGAGUCUGGCGCUGGCCACACGUGUCACUGCGGGACUGCAGGAGGACUUUGCGUCUGCGCUGGCGGGCGUGCGCGAGCAUCCGCUCAUGCUCACUGUCGAGCGCAGCAAGGCACUGCUUGCGCAGCGCCUCUUGUGCAGCGGCGCCUUCCUUGACGAACAGGGUCCGGACCUUCGCCUGAAUGCGGCCGCUUGCGACGACAGCAGCGAGCAGGCCGACAUCGGCCUGCGAGUGGAGCUGCUCGUGCGGGCGGCACACCGCCUCGCCGAGCUCAGCCGGACCGCUCAUGCAGCCGCGGGACGCACUGGAGACGACCUGAGCGUGCUCGACAUCUCUGCGCUGACCAUGGCCGGCCACAUCCUCGAGCACGAGGCGGAGCGCGUGGCCCAGGCCGGCGCGCUCUUCCCGCUGGCCGUCGGCAUUGCGCUGGCGAUUCGCGACCAGAUCGCGGACGCGAGCCUCGUUCUGCCAUUGCUGGAGCACCUCGGCACGCUGCUCGACCAGUCGCUUUACCUCGUGCGCUCGGCCGCGACAAGCACGCACUUCGACUACUCGUCGACGCAGGUGGCCGUGCGGGCCAUCUCGCUGCUGCUGCAGCGCCUCGCGGAGGGUGGAGCCAAGCUCGGCGCGUCUGUCGCGGCCGCCGUGCAGGCCCUCGGAGGCGACGUGGCGCUCAAGUCUGGCUUUGCGAUGCAGCAGAUCUGGACCAUGUGCCUGCCUCGCGUGCAGGACGCAGCCGCGGCCGACCUCUCUCGCCAGGUCGAGCAGCUCCUCGCGAGCGCACCUCGUUCUGCGCUGUCAUCUGGUGCGCUCCACGAAGCUUCGGCGUCGAACGUGGCUAAUCCGUCCUCGCCCUCAGAACUGACGAGGAGCGCAGUCGACAUCGCCGCGACGCUGAUGCUCGACUCGACAAUCUGGUCCGAGGCCCAGCGCAGCGAGCUGUUCCAGCUUGCACAGCGUACACUUGGAGCGCUGGAGCCGCUUGCCGACCUGCCGCACAUCGCCGAGGCUUCAACUGCAGACCACACGCACGAUAGCCUGGCGCUGACGGCGCUGGAGCUUGCCGUCCAGAGCGCAGUGCAGAAGCGCUCUGCAGUGACGAGCACGACCAUCAAGCGCGCUGCCGCGCUCUCGCAGUUACUGCUCGCCUCGGCAUCGUACCCGAUCGAGGCUGCCUUGGCGCAGCGCAAGCUUGAGUGGGCGCUCACGGCGUCCGGCGUCUCGGAGCCACUGUCCGCGCCGGAUCUCGCAUGGGCUCAUCGAUUGUGGGCCACCGACACUUCGAGUCCUGCCGACCUGUUCCGCCCGAUGAUGCUGCGCGCCGCGGUGGCCACCAGCCUCGAAGGCCGCACAUCGCUCGACGCGUCCAUCGCACAUCAGGCAGCUGCCGCCAGACUCGCGUCGCUGUCGGGCGUCGCUCUGCUGACCACCUCGCCCAGCCGCGCCGAGCAGGUUGCCCGUGGUCUGACUGCCUUCGUUGCGCAGCUCACUGGCGCCUUGCGCGAGGCUCUACUGGCUGCUGGUGCUUCGAGCGACCACGUCGAGGCACUGCUCAGCGCACUCGGCGCCGAGCAAGACGUGCAGGCAUUCAAGACGCUGGCCGCCGAGGUUGCGCAGCAGCUCGAUACUGCUGUGCUGGACGAGGCGGAGCGUGAGAUCCUCGGACAGUGGUGCGGCGCUCUGCAGCAGGCAUGCAUAGCUCUCGAGCCGAGCCGUGACCUCGUCGCGCUCGGCACAGCGUGGGCGCGGCUCGCCACUGCCACGCUGCAGCUUUACCUUCCCAGCGUUGCCGUUGACCCGCUGGCGACGCAGCGCACGCACGAAGCGCUGCUGGACAUCGAGCGCGAGCGCAUCCAAGGCCGCGUCAACGUGGCUCGCCAGGUUGAGCGCAGCGUCACCGGCACCGAGACGAGCCCCUUCAUCAGCUCGCUGCUCGACGCUUUGACCCGGAGCACCGCUCGGAGCUCCGGUGCUGCCCAGCCCGGACUGUCGCGGCAGCCCGACCUGGCCCAGCUGACGGCGCUGCACAAGGAGCUCAUCGCCUUCCGCCGCGACGUCAUCGCAACGAGCAAGGUCGAGCACCUCGUCGGUCUGCUCUCGCAGGAUGCCAGCGAGCAGUCAGAUGCGCAAGAGGCGUCGUUGCAGGCGACCGUCAGCAGCUUCCGCCAGCGACUGCACGCGCGCUACGGCUCGCUGCAAGACCUCAUCGACCCCUACGUGCUCGCGCUCGACCAGCUGCAGCUCGGCCUGCGCACCCUCCGCCAGGGUGCGGCGCUUGCGGCCCGCACGGCGGCAUCGCGCAACCACGCACGCAUGCUCGACGCCCUCGUCAGCUUCCCGAGCAGCCAGGCCACGGCGCGCUACGCGCAGCUGGACCUGCCUGUGCGGCUCAAGGCCGAGUCCAAGAUGAAUCCGCUCGCCGCGCCGCUGCUGCUCGCCGCCGUGGGCAGCAUCGCCUCGGACGUGCAGGCCGGCGUUGCAUCGACGGGCCUUCUGCGGCGUCUCAUCCGCGUGUACGACCAGCUCUACCAGCUCUGGGUGCUGGACCGCGAGCGCGAGCGCCGCGCCAAGGAGCAGGAGGCCAGCUUGUACAAGUCGCGGCGCCAGGACGACCUGGUGCAGGACGAGACUGCGCUGGAGGAGGAGGAGUUCCUACAGCUCUUUCCCGAGUUCGGCGACGUGCUGCACGACUCGGACGCCGGCAAGCCCAAGCAGGACUCGGACGCGUCGGCCGCCGGCACGUCGAUCAAGAAGCAGCAUGUCCAGCAGCUCUACCGUCUGCACCUGCAGCUCUUUGCCUCGCACAAGAGCAGCGCACGGGCGCAGUUCGAGACGAGCCGCCUCGACGUGCUGCAGCGCAUCAUGCAGCUGUCGUACGACGUGCUGCCCGAGUCGCUCGACCGCAGCAGUGCGGCGCUGCAGAUCAAGCUGCUCGCCGCCAGCGCCACGGCAGCCCGUCAGCCCGACGCCCCGCGCGCCGACUUCUACACGGAGGCCGACCGGCAGGAGACCAGCAAGGCAGUACCCAUCGUGCACCGUCUGCGCUCGCGCCUCGAUGCGCUCAUCCGCGAGUGGCCCGAGCAGAUGGUGCUGCAGCACAUCCGCGAGCGUUGCGACGCCAUUCUGCGCCUCGACGCCAACAGCCCUGUGGCCAAGGUGCUUGCCGCGCUCGAGGGCCUGCUCGUCCACACGGAAGACUGGGAGGGCUAUGCCAGCUCGGCGACGAGCCUCUCGGUGAACCGCAGCGAGCUCUCGGCGCAGCUCAUCGAGUGGCGCCGCCUCGAGCUUGACUGCUGGGCCCGAUUGCUGCAGGUGCAGGCCGAGCGCUUCGAGGAGUCCGUCGCCGAGUACUGGUUCCAGCUCUUCGAGGUCGCCAUCCGCGGCAUGCAGGCGGCCGUGGCCCAGGGCGCCGCGACGGCCGACGACCACGUCCGCAAGCUCAUCGCGCUGCUGGACCAGUACGUGCGCUCGAGCACGCUCGGCCAGUACGGCGCACGCCUCGACCUGCUGCGCUCCUUCUCGCGCUUCCUCGACCUGCUGCUCGCAAGCGCGCCGUCGGAGGAGAUGCGCGGCAUGGACCGCAUCGCCACGGUGCUCGCCAACGUGUGCGCCUUCUACGGGCAGCUGCAGCACAAGGUCGACGACUCGAUGAAGCGCCAGCGCGGCGUGCUCGAGAAGGAGAUCCGUGACUUUAUCAAGCUGGCCAGCUGGAAGGACGUCAACAUCCACGCGCUCAAGCAGAGCGCGCUCAAGACGCACCGCAAGCUGCAUCGCUGCAUCCGCAAGUUCCGCGACGUGCUGCGCCAGCCCGUCGAUCCGCUUCUCGCGGCGGCGAUGGACAGCGCGACCGGCAAUGCCGAGGCGAAGACCUUUGUGCAGCUCGCCAACGGGCUGCACGCUCGGCCGUCGUACGCCAACGUCGAGGUGUUCGCCUCCGCCGCGGCUGCGGUUGCGCGCGGGGAGGAGACGCCGCAGCAUCUGCUCGACCUGCCGCGGACGCUGGCUGCGCUGCACAAGAUGCUCGACAGCCGGCUGCUGCCGUCGCUGCAGCUCUCGGCCACCGAGGGCAUCGACGAUCUCGCCGGCUCCAUCGUGUCACGCGCCAGUGCGCUCGCCAAGGCCACGCCGGCGACCGCCACCGAGGAGAACACGAAGCUCAUCAAGCAGCUCACGUCGCGCAAGCGCAAGGCGUGGACGGACCUGCUGCGCGAGCUGCGGCGCAUCGGCCUGCGCUCUGCGCUCAAGCCCGAGAUCGUCGCCCGCCAGCAGGACGCAGCCUAUGUGUACACGCAGCGCAUCCCCGCCGUGGAGCAGUGCACGUCGCUCAGCACGCGCACGCGCCUGCACGAGGCCGAGCGCUACCACCACCGCCUGCUCGCUGCCCUGCCACGGCUGCGCGAGUCGAUCCGCACGCGCACCGACGAGAUUCCCGUGGCCGAGCUGCUGCGGGGCAUCGCCUUCGUUGAGCACGGCAUGAGCUUCGCAUUCGCAGAGCGUGCCCGCCUCGCGUCGCUGCUGGGCCAAGUUGCGCGUCUCGACCGCAUCGUCGAGCGGCUGCAGCAGGCUCAGCAGCCGGCUGCUGCGCUGAGCCCGUGUGCUUCCGACUCGCUCGCCAGCGUGGAGGCGCUCAGCGACGGACUGCGUCGCCUCUCUGCGGCUCUCGCCGAGCUCGCCGACGAGGCGCCGACGCACCUUCGCCUCUCUGUGAUCAAGGCGGGCCACGACGCCACGAUUCUCACCCGCACGCGCGAACUACACGGCCGCGUCGAUGCUCUGUCCGUACGCGUCGAGGCGUUGUCAAGGGACCUGGGCAGCGGUGCCACCUUUACUGCGCCGAACGAGCAGGGGCUCGUGCACGAGUGCGCUGCCGUCUUCGUCGAGGCGGCCACCACGAUGGCGUCUGCCGCCAUCGACGAGCCCGCUCUGGCCGCGCUCUGCCAGCCAGUGGCCGACUGGGCCAGACAGCUCGGCGCCGCGGCUGUCACGCGCUGUCUCGCUGCGCUGGACGCCGACACAACGAACGGCGUCGUGGCAAAGCAGAGCGACGUGGACGCGCAGGCCGACCGCAUCAUCUCGUCCGUGCUGGUCAUUGCACAGGACGUGCGCAAGAGCGCAGAGGCACGGCCGGCGCUCAACGCCGAGGAGGAGGAUCUCGAGGACGAUGCGGUGCUGCACGCGACUGCCCAGCUUGCCGACGCGCAGCGCACGCUCCGCCUCGACACGGUGCUGGGCGAGGUCUCCACGCUCUUCUCGCUCAUCGAGCCGCACGCUGGCCUCGCUCCGGCGGCGCUGUCCGCCACGCUUGCGCGCGUCUCGCCGUUCCUGGCCGAGUACGCGGCGCUGCUGGAUGCGCACCUCGGCGCUGCGGCGCUGUGGUACCGCAGCGUGCUCAAGCUCGUGCACGUGCUGUGCGCCACGGUCAGCUCGCUCGUGCUCAAGGGCUUCUGCAAGCCGCCGGAGGACGCGGGCAGCAAGGACGACGCCGGCGGCGACGGCGGCGAGCAGCUCGAGGGUGGCACGGGCCUGGGCGACGGCUCGGGCGCGCAGGACGUCACGGACCAGAUGCAGGACGACGAGGUGAUGGAGGAGCUGCAGAAGGACGACGCCGUCGACGCCGACGACGGCGACAAGGACGAGACGCAGCGCGAAAAGGGCGCGCGCGAGCAGGAGGAGGACUUUGGCGGCGAGCUCGAGUCCGUCGGCGGCGACGACGAGGGCGAGGGCGACGAGGCCGACGACGACAAGGACGACGCCGCGGAGCCGCCGGACCUCGACGAGCACGUCGGCGACGUCGAUCCGCUCGACCCCAACGCCGUCGACGAGAAGAUGUGGGACGGCGGCGACGACGAGGCCGAGCAGCGCGACGGCAAGGACGAGACGGACAAGGACCUCGGCGACGACGCGGGCGCCGAGGAGGACACCGUCGCCAAGGACCGCCAGCAGCAGCAGCAGCAGGCCAAGGCGCAGGACAAGCAGACGAAGGACGCGCCGCAGGAGCAGGGCGACGAGCAGGCGGAGGACGCGCCCGAGCCCGAGGCCGGCAGCGAGGGCGAGGAGCAAGACGACGGCGCGGGCGAGGACGAGGCGAUGGAGGAGCAGGAGGACGAGCAGGGCAGGCCCGGGCUCGGCCGCCAGCUCGACGAGGAGGCGGGCGAGGCGGACAAUCUCGACCUCAACGACGACCUGCAGAUUGACGACGACGACGCGGGCGGCGAGAAGGACGACGACGACGGCCUCAGCGACAUGGACCUCGGCGGCGACGACGAGCAGCCGCCGCAGCCCGAGCAGCCGCCGCAGGGCAAGGAGCUGACGCCCGACCGCGAGGAGCUCGAGAAGCUCGCGGACCAGGACGUGCCCGAGCCGCAGGAGGAUGCCGAGGGCGAGGUGCCGCGCGAUGCGGGCAACGAGGCGGGCUCGGACGACGAGGGCCCGGACGACGAGGGCGACGACGCCGAGGUCGACGAGGCGCUCGCCGAGCAGCAGGGCGCUGCGCCGCAGGACAGCAGCGCGCCGGCCGACAGCGCGCCGCUGGACGACAGCGGCGAGCCGCCCGAGGGCGGGGACGCCGAGCAGGGCGACUCGGCCAUGCAGGAACAGUCGGCACGCGCCCAGCAGGGCCGCCAGACGCACGCGCCGCAGCCCACCGACGACGCUGCGGGCGAGCUGGAACAGAGCCAGGCGGACACGCAGGGCGAGCGGCGUCCUGAUGCGAGCGUGGCCGACGCCGCGGCGGCGCCCAGCGGCGAGCGGCAGGAGUCAAAGGACGCGAUGCCGGAGCAGCCCGACGCGCAGGCCGACGGCAGCGACACGAACCCCAUGCGCAGCCUCGGCGAUGCGCUGCGCGACUUCCGCCGCAACCUCGACGCGAUCGAGGAGGCGGCCGACGCCGACGAGGAGCGGCGUACGGACGAGGCCAAGCCCGACGGCGAGGCCAUGCCCGAGACGGGCGAGGUGGAGCACGUGCGCGAGGGAGACGACACGGACAUGCAGGCCCUCGGCGCGGCUAAGGACGACGAGCAGGCGCAGCAGCGGCCCCAGGGCGGCAUCGAGGACGAGGAGCUCGGCGCGGCCGACAAGCCGCCGGGAGAGGAGAACGAGGCCCUGCUCGAGGCCGAGCGCGCCCUCGACCCGGCCCAGAUGCCGCCCAUGGACGCCGAGGCUGCGGCGAGCGAGGAGCCAAAGGCGCUCAUGCCCUCCGACGUGCGCCCCAAGGAGCGCCGCGCUGCCGGCAGCGCCGCACAGCAGGGCGAGGCGCCGGGCAUGGACGAGACGGACGAGCCCGACGCCGCUUCGCGCGACGCGCAGGACGGCGACGUGCCGCGCGCCGAGGACGAGGAGAUGGCGCCGCUGCCCGAGGAGGAGCGCCUCGAUGAUGGCGCCGCCGACCUCGAGGCGAGCCUGCUUGCGCUGCGCGAGGCCGACGCCGAGGAGCGCGCGGCGCGCGCCGCCGACCUCUGGCGUGCCUACUCGGCGCUCACGUCGGACCUGUCCUUUGGGCUGUGCGAGCAGCUGCGCCUCAUCCUGGCGCCCACGCUGGCCACGCGCCUCAACGGCGACUUCCGCACGGGCAAGCGGCUCAACAUGCGCAAGAUCGUGCCGUUCAUCGCGUCCGACUUUGCCAAGGACAAGAUCUGGCUGCGGCGCACCAAGCCGAGCGCGCGCGAGUACCAGGUGCUGCUGGCCGUCGACGACAGCCGCAGCAUGGCCGAGAGCCACAGUGCGCACCUGGCGUACCAGACGCUGGCGCUCGUCAGCGGCGCGCUGGGCCGCCUGGAGGUGGGCGACGUCUCGAUCUGCCGCUUCGGCCAGGCCGUCGAGACGCUGCAUCCCUUUGGCCGCGGGCCGCUGGGCGAUGCGCAGGGCGCACAUGUGCUCGAGAAGCUCAGCUUCGAGCAGCGCGGCACGGAUGUGCUGCGCCUCGUCGAGCAUUCGCUCAAGACGCUCGAGACGGCCCGAGAGCAGCGCGCGGCGUCGGCCAGCGCCGCCGAGCUGUGGCAGCUCGAGAUCAUCAUCUCGGACGGCAUCUGCCAGGACCACGAGCGCCUGCGAGCACUGCUGCGCAAGGCCGCCGAGCAGCGCGUCAUGCUUGUGUUCGUCAUCGUCGACUCCCUCCAGCAGGGCCUCUCCAAGACCGCGCCCGCCGCGUCGUCGGGCACCUCGACGCCCAGCGGCGCCGACGCUGCGCGCAACUCGAUUCUCAGCAUGAGCAGCGUCAGCUACACGACCAACGCCGCGACGGGCAAGCUGGAGCUCAAGAUGGAGCGCUACCUCGACUCCUUCCCCUUCGAGUACUUUGUCGUCGUGCGCGACGUCGAUGCGCUGCCCGACGUGCUGGCCGCGACGCUGAGGCAGUGGGCCGAGCGCAUCCGCGACUCGUAGCAGCGCGCCGCCCCGCCCUUUCCCAAGACCCUGUUCCCGCCUCGCUUCUACCUCAUCUCUCUAGACUAGACCCACUCAUGUUCCCGCCUCUGCACAUGUACCACCACCAUCUGGCGCGGCUGCGUCGAAUUAGAAGAGUUCUCAUUACCGACGCUUCCGAGUGCGCGCGCACACCAUCGUGCGGCUCAGGUAUCAUGACUGCAUGAUGCAGCAGAGGGCGACGCACGGCGGCACGCCUAGAUCGUGCUGGUCGUGUUCUCGGCCGGCUGCGUCGUCUUGUUGCCGCCGCCGAGGUUGCGGAUGGAGUUGACGCUGUCCUUGACCUCCUGCACGCCCUCGCGCGCCACGGCGUUGUGCUGCGCGCUGGGCUCGGCCUGGCCCUUGGCGGCCAGGUCGGCGUCGCGCUGCGCCUGCCGCUCCUUGCUCGUGC